CCUAUUUCAAAUGUUUAAAUUUAUUCAGGUGUGGUAGCUUAUCAUCAGUAUGGAACUUGCUACCAGUAACAAUAAGACAAAUGUUUUAUCUGUUGCAAGCAAUGUAGACUUGCGGGAUAGGAUCGUUGGCGAUUAUGUAUUGGACUGGUCAAAAGAUAAUUGCAUUGCAGUUGCUACGAGUAAAAAUGUAAUGCUAUAUGAUCUGAAUCCAUUAUAUGACGUGAACAGCUCGGAAAUGUGUUUCAAAAUCCAAGCCAUCUCGCCGAUUGAAUCGCUUGAUUACGACGCUGGAGCUCGGAAAAUGAUGUAUGAUUAUGACAUGUUGUGUGCUGUACCGUCCAAAAAUUCUGCUUACCCUGACUUCGAAAUUUAUCGAAUGCAUAUGGAUCUUAGCAUAAAUAGAUCUCAUGGAUCGGAAGAAGUUGGAGACAUGGGAUUCCGAGCGGUUCAGUUUUCACCACUAGGGUGUGCAGUAGGUAGCGGAACUGUUCUUGCCACUUUGACAAUGGGGCAUCAGCUUCAAUUGUUUUCAAAAUCUUCUGAUGGUAUAUUUGUACAAUGGAACAACAUUAGAAAUCUAACUGAAAUAUUAGUCAAAAUUCUGCUUAAAAAUGAACAAUAUUACCCUAAAAUUAAAUUCCCAACACAAAAAUUAAAAUCCCAGAAUAUAGUCGAGAAACAAUAUGCCCCUUGUAUUGUUUGCAUGGAAUGGUGGGAUAAAAUAUACAUAAAAAGUUCCAAUGGAAAAUUUAUAUUUCUUGCCACUGGUACGAAAAAUAACUUUGUAAUAAUUUGGAAGUUGCAUCUGCCGAUUAGUUCAACUUCAGUUGUGACUAUUGUGAGUUACAUUAAAACAAAUUUAAAAGGGAUUAAAAGUAUUAGCUGGUUGAAAAUUGGAUCGAAUGAAGAAGAAAUUCUCAAACUAGCAAUUGGGGGAAUUGAAGGCGUGGUGAAUUGUUUAGAGAUUGACUUAGAUGGAAAUUUGUUAAAAGAGAAUGAAGUUUGGAACGACAGAGACCAGCUCACGGUUUCUGCUAUUGAUUGGAGAGAAACUGAUGAAGGUGAUGACACUGGUUUGCUUGUGGCAAAAGGACCUUUGCUUUUAUAUAUGAAAAUAUCUUCUGAUCUUGUGUUGGUAUCACAUUCAGUUUUAAUUGGGUUACACAUUCUUCCAGUUGUGAAUAUACAAUUUGUAGACCAACCCGCUUCGUGGCUUACAAUCAGUAGAGAUGGUCGUCAAGCUAAAGUUGUUUUGAAAAAAUCUACCGAGGAGAAUCUAAGACUAAAGUAUGAGGUUUUAUCGGAGCAGACUAAUCAAUCUUCUAUGGUUUUUCAUGAGACAACACAUUAUCAUAUUUUAUCACCUAACGGAGCUUUUGUUGCGAAUUUACGAUCAAAACCAAAAGUAUCAUUAUCUAUACUUGUUGAAAAUUCAGCGUAUUUGGAAAUUUUAACUCUUAAAAGCGGAAUGGAAUGUUUUCAAUCAUUGUGCGCUCAAGUGGAACAAAAUAAUGCAGAGGAAAAAAUGAAACUAGAUUUGGUUGAGUCCAUUCGACUUCAUCUUAUUAACAAAUGUGUGUUUAAGAAUGAGUCAGACUCAAUAUUACUGAGAACUUGCCUAGAACGGUUUCUUGACUUCGAUGAUGCGGAAAGCAAUAAGUUACGCUUGACAUGGAUUCUGUUGAAAAUUUAUUCUGCUGUUUUUUCGGAAGGGGGACAAGAUUACUCAAAAAAAAUUCUGCAGAAUGAAAAAAUAUUAUCAAGCAAGCAAAUGAUGAAAGUUAUAAAACACUGGUUCAUAAAUUCAAACGAUGAAAAAACGGAAACUCAUCAAAUUCCUAUAAAAACUAUCAUAAAUUGGUUGUCGAAAAACAAAAAUAUUUUAAGCGAAGAUGAUUUUAGUUUUGUAGAAAAGGUACGAACCUCAAAAAAUUAUGAGCUUGUUAAAAAGGAAACAUGCCCGAUAACAAGAGAAUUUUUAACCAUGUCUGAGGACGCUAAAUCUGCCAUAACAGAGUCUAAAUCAAUGACUUGGUUUCGAUGUUGCUUGACAUUUUGUGCUCUUCAUUGUUUCAAAGCAAGAAAGUGUGAAAUCAGUAAUUCAAGGGCAUUGAAUUUAAAUGAUUCAGGGAAUGAGGAAGAAUGUGCGAUCAAUGACCUGUUACAAGAUUGUUCAAUAUACAGUGGUCUUCCUAUGAUUUAAUUGCCUCUUAUAUUAGUAUGCUUCAAUAGAAAUUCUCUUGACCUUUGACCCAUCAGUAUGCUUUAAUGGGAAAUCCCUUGGGAUGCUUUAAUAGAAAUUACCUUGAUCUUUGACUCCAAAUAGGAUAGGAUUUUUGUAUUCAUUUAUUAUUUACAAGCAAUCUUGAAAAUCUGGGCCAACCUAUUGCCUGAGCGAUGGUCAAAAUUUCAUUUAUAAUUGCAUCACAGUAUACUUGUUUAUGGUUAGUCAUUGAAAAGGAAAUAAACAAGGAAGUUAUCAAUGCUCUGUGAAACAUCCUGCUUAAUAACACAUCAUGGCAGGUGUGAAUGUUAAUAAUGUGGAGAUGAUUAUGUUCAAGAGAUUGUAGGAACUGUUUUGGGUACACCUGUGUCCUGUAGUGUGUGUGCCAGGUUAGGCCAACGUUUGCUUUAUCAUGAUUGCCUUAUUUAAUGCUAUUGCAAGUUCGGGGACGACUUCUGUUACCAUGUCAAUAGGUGUCAGUCCCUUUACACAACUUGAUGUAAAGUAGGCGAACAAAAUUAGUUACCUCCAUAUUUGUACACAUGCUUUCUGAAGCGCUGUUGUGUAUAAGGCACAUAUUCAUGUCUUUUGCUCUGAACAAGGUCAUAUACAAAGGAUCCACUGAUAUCUAACCAUAUGAAAUCUCUUAGGAUUGGCGUUUUCUUAUACUAUGUGCAUUUCAUUGUCUUUUUAUGACGAUAUUAUUUAAAUCAUGUUCCACUUAUUUUCCCCAUUUUUACUUCACUGCCAACACCCUUUUUUAG